UGAUCGUGAGACGGAUGGCUGGGUUGUGUGGAUCUCUAUCAUAACGGAUUUUUGUGGUUUUAAUGGAUACGCCCUAUGUGACUUUAAUUCUGAUAUAAUUUGUUUUAUACAAGCAGCAAUGGGUCGUCGAAGACAAAGAGAACGCGUUUGGAUUCAGUGCGUCGCGUUGCUUUGUUUAUUUGACUGGUCUGCAGCGCAGAUCUCUUACUCCGUUUCAGAGGAGGUGGACAAAGGCACUUUUGUGGGGAAUCUGGCUAAGGACUUAAACCUUAAUGUUCAGGAACUGGAGUCGAGGGGUCUGAGGAUUGUAUCCGGACAUGGCAAGAUGUAUUUUGAGGCUAAUUUGAAAACGGGGAAUCUGUAUGUUAACGAGAGAAUUGACAGAGAGGAGCUUUGUCCGAAUACGGUUAAGUGCUCUUUAAACAUAGAGGCCAUAUUGAGCCAUCCUAUGCUUCUCCACCGAAUACAGGUGAAUAUUUUAGACAUCAAUGACAAUGCGCCGGCCUUUGAUGAAACAUUGCACACAUUUAAUAUAUCUGAGUCAUCAUCAAAGGGCGAACGAUAUUUGCUUCCGCUCGCAGUUGAUUCAGAUACGGGCAGUAACUCGGUUAACAGCUACAAGCUGAGCCCGAAUGAACACUUCUCCCUGGAUGUACAGAGCGGUGGAGAGCAGAGUGUGUCUGCUGAGUUAGUGCUGCAGAAAGCUUUAGACCGAGAGAAACAGCCCGUUAURCAGCUCACACUGACCGCUAUAGACGGAGGAAAACCUCCAAGAUCCGGGACUUUACAGAUCAUUGUCAAUGUGAUUGAUGCAAAUGAUAAUUCUCCCACUUUUAGCAAACCGCUGUAUAAGGUCCGAGUAGAUGAAAAUGCUCCGUUUGGAACUGUAGUAAUAAAACUUAUUGCCACAGAUUUAGAUGAAGGGUUUAACGGUAAGAUUGAAUAUUCCUUUAUCAAACGCGCGAACUUGAACCCGUUUGUUUUAUUUGAUAUAAAUUCAGAAACAGGUGAAAUUAUGGUCAGGGGAAAUUUGGAUUAUGAGGGAAGUCCUGCAUAUGAAAUUCGAGUGCAGGCGACAGACCAAGGCUCCUCCCCCCGUAGUGCACACGGUAAAGUGUUAGUUGAAGUUAUUGAUGUCAAUGACAAUGUCCCUGAAAUAUUGGUGACGUCACUCAUGAGCCCAGUCAAAGAGGACGCUGAGAUAGGGACCGUGGUCGCCUUGGUGACAGUAACUGAUAAAGAUGGGGGGYAAAACGGCCUCACCAACUGUAAGCUUGUUGGGUCUGUUCCUUUUAAGUUGAGAUCGAACUACAAAAACUAUUAUUCCUUAGUGGUCGACGGGCCUCUUGACAGGGAGAGUGCUUCUCUCUUAUACACAUCUAGAUGUGUAUAA